AUGUCCGGCAGAGGAAAAGGAGGAAAAGGUCUAGGAAAAGGUGGCGCUAAGAGACACAGAAAGAUUCUUAGAGAUAACAUCCAAGGUAUCACCAAGCCAGCCAUUAGAAGACUUGCCAGAAGAGGUGGUGUCAAGAGAAUCUCCGCUUUGAUUUAUGAAGAAGUGAGAGCUGUGCUCAAAUCUUUCCUUGAAAACGUGAUCAGAGAUGCUGUUACCUACACUGAGCAUGCCAAGAGAAAGACUGUCACAUCUUUGGAUGUCGUUUACGCUUUGAAGAGACAGGGUAGAACUUUGUACGGUUUCGGUGGUUAA